GGUAUGGGGGCGGCGACCGGCGCGCCUACCGGCAACCAGGCGCUGCUGCCGAGCAUCAACGACACCGACAUGAGCAUCCAGGCCGACCCCCGGGUGAUGCAGAUGACCGUCGGGGCGAUCCCCAACUCUUCUUCGGCGCACUCUCAGAGCAAGAUUCCGUUGGGUGUAGUUGUCCAGUCGAUGGCGCUCGAUAUCGACGAGAAGGACGGGGGUCUCGACGUCGUCAACUUCGGAGCGCAGGGCAUCAUGCGGUGCAAGCGGUGCCGCACGUACAUCAACCCGUACGUGGGCUGGCUGAGCAACGGCCGCCAGUGGAGGUGUAACGUCUGCGGGAUGGUCAACGACACCCCGCCUUCUUAUCAAUGUCACCUGGAUCAGGAUGGGCGCAGGUCGGACAGGGCGGAGCGCCCAGAGCUCGGCAAGGCCAGCGUGGAAAUGGUGGCGCCUUCAGAGUACAUGGUGCGGCCGCCGCAGCCCCCGGUGUACAUGUUCGUGAUUGACGUGUCCCAGCCAGCAGUGGCGAGCGGCAUGGUGCACGUUGCGGCGGAGACGAUCAAGGCGUGUCUGGACAACCUUCCGGGGGAGGAACGCACAAUGGUGGGCUUCUGCACGUUCGACAGCAGCGUACACUUCUACAACCUCAAGUCCAACCUGUCUCAGCCCCAAAUGCUGCUGGUGCCCGACCUCGACGAGCUCUUCCUGCCGGUGCCCGACGACCUCUUGGUAAACCUUAGCGAGAGCCGCAGCGUGGUGGACACUCUUCUCGACAACCUCGCCCAGAUGCACUCCCAGACCAGAGAUGUGCAGUGCUGCCUUGGGCCAGCACUGACUGCCGCGGGCAAGGUCAUGGGCCACGUGGGCGGGAAGAUGGCCGUGAUGUGCGCAAGCCUUCCCUCCACGGGUGAGGCGGCGCUGAAGCACAGGGAGAACCCGAGAGCCUUGGGGACCGAUCGCGAGCACCUAUUGCUCAAGGCGGAAAAUCCAUGGUACCAGAACAAAGCGGUGGAGUUCAGCAAGCUUCAGAUCUGCGUGGACCUGUUCCUGUUCGGCUCGGGCUACUCGGAUGUGGCUACCCUCGUCAACCUUCCCAAGUUCACCGCUGGCCAGCUCUUCUACUAUGCGGCGUUCAACGCUCAGAGCGAGGGGGUAAAGUUCAGCGCGGAGCUCACCCGGGUGUUGACGAGAGCCACGGCUUUCGAGGCCGUGAUGCGUGUGCGGGCGACGCGAGGCCUGCGCAUCACGAACUUCUACGGGAACUACUUCAUCCGCGGAACCGAUCUGCUGGCGCUACCGAACUGCACCCCGGACAGCGUGUUCGCGGUGGAGUUCGGGUACGACGAGCAGCUACUGACGGCGUCGGUGAUCUCGGUACAGGCGGCGUUGCUCUACACCACCUCCUGCGGAGAGCGGCGCAUUCGGGUGCACAACCUGGCGGUCCCGGUGGAGACGGUGGUCCAGAACGUCUUCGACAGCGUCAGCAUCGAUGUUUUGUGCAACAUUCUUGCCAAGCAGGCGCUCGAGGUGUCCCUCAAGAGCGGAUUGGACAGCGCCCGCUCGAAGAUCCAACAGACCUGCGUGGACAUCAUCCGCGCCAGCCGCGGUGGGGGCUACGGGUCUAGCCCCUACAUGGCUGCGGGCGCCCAGCAGCAGCCGACUGCGAUCUCCGAGGCGAUUCAGCUUCUGCCGCUGUACAGCAUGGCCCUCCAGAAGAAUCUUGCCUUCCGCGGCGGAACCGAUGUGCGCACGGACGAGCGGGCGAACGUCCAGUCACAGCUGGCUAACAUGCCGGUCGACCACAGCCGAUGCUUCACCUACCCACGCAUGUUCAGCCUGCACGACAUGGAGGAGGACGCGGGGCUACCGCGGGCGGACGGUCCGGAAGGACACCUCACCCCCACGGCGGGCACGGACGACAUCAAGCUCCCGGAAGUCAGCAACCUCUCGGCAGAAAGAUUGUCGUCUGAGGGAGUGUUCCUGCUGGAGAACGGCGUGGAGCUGUUCCUGUGGGUGGGAAGGGCGGCCAACCCGGCGGUGGUGUCGGCGCUGUUUGGCUUACCUUCUCUCGAAGGCGUGGACCUCACCCGGUUGCAGCCUCAGGAGGAGGGGAACGACUUGUGCCGCCGGGUGAACAGCGUCAUCGCGGCGUUGCGGCAGGAGCGGAUGACGUACUUGCAGGUGACGGUGGUAGGGGAGGACGACGGCCACAACGAACGGCGCUUCUUUUGGCAUCUCGUGGAAGACCGGGCGUCCUUCCCAGGCGGGUCGAUGAACUACGCCGAGUACAUGCAACACAUCAACCGACAGAGCGUCGGCGGGAUGGGCAUGGGCUGACGGCUGCGUGCGUGAGAGGUUCACGGCCGGAGGGCGGGAGAGGGAGCAGACUAUGGGGGUUGUUCAAUAAUAUUUGGGAUUUUGAUGGUGUUGUCCCUUGGCAUGUCGGUCUGCUUGCGGACUUGAUCUUGGGGGAGGUUUUCGUCAGUGGGUUGCUUUCUUGCGGCUGAAGGCGGGAGUUGGUGCAACUGGUGGGGAGAGACGGAGAGGACGAGAGGUGUUUUCGGCACCGCUCAGCGAUCGCUUGGGGAAGGUUGUACGUAUCACGUAUUUUAUCUUGUCGCUUGUGUGCAUACGCCCCUGUUCUUGUUGCCCUUCUUUCCCCUUGCACGUCUUUGCUAUUCAGGCGGUCCUUUCGUUUUUUUUUUUUCGUGUGCGUCGGUUUGGCCAGCUCUGGCAGUUAUUUCAGAUGCCAGGAGGGGGAUCGUUGAUGACGUCGAUCAUCAUAGUUUGCGACUUGCAUGUGGUAUCGCGACAAUGUCCCUACAGCUAGCUGUCGUUCGUGAUGUAGACGAUUGAUACGGGUGUCUUACGUGGGGGUGAAUGAAGGCUUCAAAGCGAUAUUUUGAACUGGUCCGGGGGGAAGCGUUGCUUUCAUUCCGAGCGAUGACGGCCACGGAAAUUCCCUUGUUGAUAUCUGUCGAAUCCCGCAAUCUGCGAUAUGACAGAGACGCAAGCAGUUUUCGGAUUGGCUGAGAAAAUUUUGGUUGGCCCAUUAUCCUUGGACGGAGGCUGCAGGGGUUUUUGUUGUUGUUGUUGUUGUUGUUGUUGUUGUUGUUGUUGUUUCUCACAUUAGCUCUAUAGUCCACAAAAAAUGGGGAGCCCGUGGUCUCAAAACCCGGCACAUACGACGCCGCGGGGAAACAAAACAAAAACAGGGUACAAACCACUCGGAACAAGAAAACAAAAUGAUAAAAAGAAAAGAACAGGUAUCGCACCGACCGUUCGAGAAAAGAGCCCUCGGAAACCGAUCAAAAUAAAACAAAAACAAAAAACUCCCGUGUGCCGCACAAUUUGACACAGAUGCAUGCAUAUGCAUACCAAACUCAAUUACUUACCAAAUCAUAUUCCUCGCGUUAAAUGCAUACCAAACUGGAAAUACACGUGUAAAAUGGAUGGAGAUCCACAACCAACAGGGUGCCACACAUAAAACACCCGACUAACUAACAGCCCAACACUUUUCGUCUACACCUUCCCAACAUAACAUAUAUAAGACACACAACACAGCUACCAAACUGUCUUGUUGAGCCUGUUAUCCGCAGGGGAGAUGUCCAUAUAUGCUGUCUGGGAAAUCGUGGACACACAACAGGUAGUUUUCUUUGACGCUAUGAUUCCAUUGCUAAUCUGUCUUUGACUCUUUUCUCUGACGGAGAUGGACUCGUUGUGUUGUAU